GCGAGGUUUGCUCAAGACACGCAUCGGUGGCAUCAUCGAGAUUUCUGUUGCUGUCGUCGUCGACUCAUAGCUAGAGUCAUUGCUUCUCUAGACUGACUGUUGAUCGUCUGAUGACUUUUGUCUUCUUCCUCUGUCAUAAACCCUUACAUCCCCGCCUCAACCAACCCAAUACUUCUCUCAUAUUGCAACCGUAGAGUCUUUUUGCGGUCAAGGAUUCGUCCAAGUUCGACUAGCCCUAGAUACAUCGUCAUUACUCCACGGUCACUUGUGUACUUGACAGCAUAUUAGAAUCUCGCACAUCUACCGCCAACCACAAAUCAACUCAGAAGCCAGUCUCGUCGCCAUGCCGCAAGACUCAGCACCAGAGAAUCCAACUGCCCCUUAUCAACCAUACCAGGAUGCCAUUCCACCUGAGAAUGCCCCAAUUUCUAGUGCCAACGGCACUUUGAUCUCUCCCGACGAGAGAGACAAAGAACUGUUGCAAGACUCUACUAGGGCUGACCGAGCAGCCACCCCCGAACCGGACGAAGCACACAUCGAGUUUCCUCCAGGUCUUCCAACUCCUCCUUUUAUUCAUGUCGAGGGUAUCCCAAACUUUCGCGACCUCGGAGGCUAUCAGUGUCAACCACCACCAUCCGCUUCCUCUUCUGACGGCAAAGUCUACCAGCUCCGCAAAGGCAUUCUCUACCGCUGUGCUCAUCCGACUCAUCUGACUCCUCAGGGCCUCGAGACUCUGACUCAACGUCUCGGCGUCACCACCCUCUUUGACCUCCGUUCCCAACCAGAGAUUACCAGACUCGCAGGAAACGUUGCGAGUUCUCCCAAGUCUCUCUAUCCCCUCGCCGACCCCAGUACUGGCACCGUCGGCUCGCACCCAUCUACACCGGGCCUGACUCGCAAGUUCACCCCCGUCUACCAGACCGAAGAUUACGGACCCGUUGCCCUCGCUCGCAAGCUACAGUGGUACACGGCAACGCACGACGCCCAGCAUUCGACCCUCGGCUUCUCCUAUUCAGAAGGCUUUGUGCAUGCCUAUCGUGACAUCGCCGCUCACGGUGCUUCCGCCUACACCGCCAUUUUCAAACACAUUCUGGAGCACGGUGAAACCUCACCCUUGGCCUUUCACUGUGCGGCCGGCAAAGACCGGACCGGAGUAUUUGGGGCCCUGAUCAUGAGACUGGUCGGCGUCGACGAAGACACUAUUUGCUGGGAAUACGCCCUGACUGAGCCUGGCUUGGGAAGAUGGCGAGAGCAAUUCAUUCAGAGGAUCAGCCGCACCGGCUUGGGAGGUGGUGGUAGCAAAUUGAGCAGCGAAGAAAAGACAGCCAGUGAGAAGAACGCAGUGAGCCGUGAAGAGGCGGCCCGGAUCUGCGGCUCCAGGGCGGGCAACAUGCGAGCCUGGCUGGACACGGUUUUGGACGGCGAAUUCGGCGGAGUCGACCGAUAUCUGACCGAAAAGUGUGGUCUCACCACCGAACAGAUUGACCGUCUCAGGACCAUAUUGAGCGUGCCAGUUCCUGAGGGCCACGAAGUCACUCGACGUUCUGAGAUCGCUGGCUGGACUCCUGAAGGCGGUGUCCAGGAUUGAUCAGUCGACCAGUCGGUGGGAAGUCCUCAAGGCUGGAAGUGACUCAUAUGAUAUGAUGAGAGAAGCGUUGAUGCUAUAAACCGAUCCACUCAACCUACACAUCCAUUACUUCUCCCUUCUCGUUUAAGACCAAAGAACAAGUAAAGUAUAGAUUUUGCGCAUUUUGA